AUGCAAAAUAGGAAUUGGUGGAGUUGCUUUCCUAAAACGUCUUUAAAUGUUAACAGACAAUUACAUUGUAGCAUAGCUUUUCAAAAUCCACGAAAUCCGCCUAAAUCAAGUAGUCAAACUUCACCAGCUAUUGCAAGUAAAUAUCAAGUUAUAACAGAAACGAAUGCAUCAGUGAUUGAACACACGGCUGAUGAAAUUUAUAUGGAUGAAAAAUAUCCUAUCUUGAGCGAUGAAUUUGACGGAAUUAAUUUAGAACGCGGUAAAACUGGGGUGUUUGAAGUUGAAGACCUUGUUGACCUAUUACAAAGGGAGAAUUCAAAAGACAUAUUUGUAGCUGCUGUAUCAAAAGAUAUAAAUUAUGUAGAGUAUAUUUGUGUAGUAAGUGCCAGAAGUAAAAGACAUCUCCUGGCUUUGGCAGAAUUUGUAAGAAAGGUAUAUAAAAAAAAAUGUCAUAAAACUGAUCAUAUACCAAGAAUUGAAGGAAAAAAUUCUGAAGAAUGGAUGGCAUUAGAUUUAGGUAACAUAGCACUACAUAUUUUCUCAGACAAGACUCGUAAGAUAUAUGAUUUGGAAACCUUAUGGGCAGUAGGUCCAGAAUAUGAUGAAAAGGCUAAUAAUAAGGACAGUGGUGAUGUUAUAGAUAUGUUAGAAAAUUAUAGUGCUUAUCUAAAAGAUCUUAAGCCUUUAGGU